GAGGGCACCUUUGCCUCUGGACUACACCGGAAGUAAGUAGAAGACCUACUAAUAUCAGAAAGGUUUAAGGUUCUUUUUGACCGAAGCACGAUGGGUAUUUCUCGCGAUCAUUGGCAUAAGAGGCGAGCAACUGGUGGUAAAAGAAAACCAAUUCGUAAGAAGAGAAAAUUUGAAUUAGGACGUCCAGCUGCAAAUACAAAACUUGGAACUCAACGUAUUCAUACGGUACGUACAAGGGGUGGUAACAAGAAAUACAGAGCUCUUCGUUUGGAUACAGGAAAUUUUUCAUGGGGUUCUGAAUGUACAACAAGAAAAACACGUAUUAUCGAUGUAGUUUAUAAUGCAUCAAACAAUGAAUUGGUCAGAACUAAAACUCUUGUAAAGAAUGCAAUUGUUACCAUUGAUGCAACACCUCUUAGACAAUGGUAUGAAAGCCAUUAUGUUCUACCAUUGGGUCGUAAACGAGGGGCUAAAUUGACUGAAGCAGAAGAAGAAGUUUUAAAUAAAAAACGUUCAAAAAAGACAGAAGCUAAGUACAGAGCAAGGCAACGAUUUGCUAAAGUUGAGCCUGCUUUAGAAGAGCAGUUUGCUACAGGACGAGUUCUUGCCUGUAUAUCAAGUAGGCCUGGGCAAUGCGGUCGAGCGGAUGGUUACAUACUUGAAGGAAAAGAACUUGAAUUUUAUAUGAGAAAAAUUAAGAGUAAAAAAGCUAAAUAAAUAUGUAGCUACAGCAAGGAAAUAAAAUAACCUCUGUGAAAAA